AGUGGGGGGCAGUAGGCCAAUGUCAUUCCCUGUGUUAGUGCAUCUGACCGGAAACAAAAGCAUUCCAGGCCAAGGGCAGCUACUGUUCAGGGAGGUUCAGGUAGCACAGCUUGAGGCAGGCUGUCCACAGAGGCCUGGGGAGAGAAGGACAGGUGCUGUGUACGACGGUGUCCUGCAGAUCAGGCACUCCGUAUAACUGAGAGGGUCAUUCAGGGAGUGCUGUCAGUUUUAAGUUCCCGUUGUAGGAGGAAUCGUCUGAAAUCAGGACCUCAUGGCCUGGCCCUGAUUAGUUCUGGCGGGGUCUGUCGGUAACUGUCAGGCGUUGGGUUGUUCAAACUGCAUUAGAAGCUAAAUUUGAAUUUUGCGGCAUUUGGAAGAUGGCACAGAUGCCCUCGGAUUGCUGUGAUCUCAUGUGAUUCGAUUUGGCAUCCCAUUCAGUUUACGGCCUGGUGUUAACUGGCUUUCUAAGAAGCCAUUUGAAAGUUUGACUAAGUGCUCAGCCAGGGGAAGCAUCAUCUUAAGAUGGUCAGAUUUAAGGACUUCGUCACCAUGAAUGCCAUUGCUUCUGUACACAGCCAAUCCAGUCCUUAAAGGAUCACAUUUAACUUCAGCUUAAUUUCAGCAUACAUGACGCACAUGCCUAAGAUGCAGACAUUGACAAAAGGGAUACACACACCAAGAUUUUAAUACAGUAGAAUUCUACAUGUGCACUAUUGUCACACUGAAGGGUGAGUGUUCAGGGCUGUUAGUUCCAUGUGAGUUCCACCUUCUCUCUUACCAGAGCUUGCUGACCAUUUUGACUUCCGAUAUGUAGCUGCAGUUGGAUCUCAUUGGUGGGCAAGCUAUAAAAAUGAGGUGUGUGUAUGUGUGUGUGCUUAAACAUUGGACAAACUCUGCAAUGCUCAUGCAGAAUAUCCACAAUCGGAGUGUGUAUGCGUGGUGUUCGUGGCGUUUUUGGAAUUUGAAACUUUCACAAUUUGUGUCACCAUCGGCAUGGCAAGUUGCAAAUUGUUGUGCGUCUCUCUUUUUAAGGCAAACUGAUGAGCGUGAAGCUAUCGACUAGCCGUCUGCGUACAGCGCCGGGAAUGGGAGAGCGGACGGGUUGUUAUCGGUGCGGGCAGGAAGGCCACUGGUCCAAAGAGUGCCCCAUGGACCAGAACGGCUCCUUUGGAGAGGGUCCCAUGGGACCCGGUGCCAACGGAUUUGGUCCUCCCCGGUUUGGUGGGGGCGGUCGCGGCCGAGGUUUCCACCGAGGCUUCACCGGAGACCCUGGCUUCAGUGGCGGCUAUGGCCCUGCGCAAGGCUUCGCGAGAGGGGGUGGCUUCGGAGGCGGUGGACCCGGCUACGGCAGGGGCAUGGGCUACGACGGUGCCGUGAGUUAUGGGCCGCCGGCGGGCUACAACUUCGGCGGUGACCGUAGUACCGUUCAGACGUACGGCGGCGAGGCUGUUUACGGAAACAGCGCGAGCUAUGGGGCGGUGCCUGCCUACCCCGUGCGGCACGCUGGCUACGAAGAGAGAGAUCCAUAUGGCGUUGUGGACUUUUAUGAGAAGUAUCGUGCCCGUCCGUACGCUGCCAACUAUUAUGAGGAGCGUCGUGGCAACGCCAUGCCCAUCCCGUCCCCCAUCCCUCCUGCCUCGGGGGCUGUUGCGAGGGAUCGCAUGUCCACCAACACCAUUGAUCCCUUUGAGCAGCGCCCCCUUCCUACAACGGCCCCCGUGUCUUCCUACUUCCCACGAGAUCGAAGUCCCAUCCGGCGAGUACCUCCUGCGGCCGAGGGCUACUCGUAUGAGCGCUCGCGACUCUCACCGACGUCCUCGCUCAACAGAAGCUCCGUGUACGACGUUUCGCGGGCCAGGGACCCCUAUGACCAGUCGCGCUAUGCUUAUUAACCCGCAUAUCACCAGGUGAGACCUUGACUUGUAGCGGCUCGGCUAUAGUCAUAAUGUUUUGUAUUCAAUGGAUUUUUUAAAAUUUUAGCUACCAAUUUGCGAUAUUCAAUAGAUUAAACUUGGAUGCUAGCCAAAAAUAAUACAUAAUUUGGCUAAUUACUGAGCUGAAGUAAGUAAAACGAGCUGCCUAGCUAGCAGUCUUAAUUUUGUGGUCUACUUCGGCUACUUGCGUCCUGGGGUACUGUCAAGUGUUAACCCCUCCCCCCCCGGGUAACAUUUUGUUGGGGCCUGAUCAUACUCAAGUAGCACAUAGAGAAUGUAAUGUGCAGCUCUAUCCCAGCUCAGCCUUUGGCUUGAAUGGAGCAGACAGUAUAUUGGGCAUGUUGGUGGUGGAGCAGAAUGGAUUGCUUGUGGUGUAAUAUGAUGUGCUCUUUUUCCAGGUGAAUCUGUGCCGCGGUUCCACAGACGUGCGCUCAUUCGUGGCUUUGUUUCGCCUCGCAGUGCCGUUCAACUACAGUGAAAUCGGGACGUGCUAAAUGUUUGUCUUGUUUGUAUCAGUUGACCAACUUUUUCAAAAACCUUUCUCUUCCUUGAACCCUUUUUUUGUUUUUUUUUUUUAAUAUUUGGAUGUGUCCUCUUAGGUCUUUUACCCAAAAACCUUUGUGUAUAACAGCUUCACAUUAUUUGAUGCGAGCUUUAUUUUCAGUGUUAACUUUUCUAGCUCUUGUCCAAUGUGCUUUUCUUUUCCUACAGAAGACUGCAUACAGUGAUCUUUGUCACAUUUUGGAAGUCAAUAGGACUUGGAUUUUUUUAAAUAGUCUGGCUGAGCGCUUGCAUAUCUUAAUAUGCGUUCCACUGGGCAAUAUUAGUAAAUAGGAUUUGAGCUGUUAUUAGCAACAUUAAAGCUAUUUGCGUUGAAGCUCACUAUGGUGUGAUGGAGUUCCUGACUGAGAACCUCUGUUCUCCGCUUGCAGUAAUAAACCACACAUAUAAACAUCACUAAUGAACAAUGACAUUUAUUAGCUUGCUUGAAUACAUUUAAGUAUUAUUAGUCUAGCACUCCUCUCUACCCUGAUUCCAUACUAGUUAAAGGCCCCUUUCAAAAACAAGUUAUGUAUGCAUCUUGACAUCGAUAUAAAGAACUCGGUUUAAGUAGUUUUGGCACCUUUAAUAACUGGACUUUACCUAUUUGGUACACUAGCAGGGACAGUCACAUGAUUACUUAACCUCCCCCUUCUGCCAAUGACAUGUAAAUAUCCCGUCAGAUAGUCAGAAAGGAUCAUGGGAUAUUUCUUCCUAGCGCAGUGUAUUCUGUGGAUCUCUGUAAUUUUGUUAGCUUGGUUUUCAGGCCGUGUGAAGUUUUUCUUUGGGGCUGUGGUAAUAUUUUGAAGCUUCAUAUGUGUUAGUGUUUGCGAGUAGGGAGUGGCCAAGACCUCCAAAAUGAGUCUUCAGUCUUGAAAUGUACUGCGUGAGCAAACAACAUCCAUCCCUUGUUUUCAUUUUCACUGUUGGUUGCGUUUCAUUUUCAAUUCUAUUCAAGCAAAUCAUUUAACAUUUGCCUCAAAGGUGACAUUUAUUGUACAGGUUAACUAGAGAAUACCAACAGUUACAGUUUGUACAUGUGAAUUAAACUGAUACACGCAGUUUUGUUUUGCAAGACGUUCAAUUGCUUUAAGAGGAAGCCACAAUUCAUGUCAUUUAAACAUUAUGCUUUGUCAGGUCACUGUUUAAAAUCUUUUUUCUUUGGUCACAGAUGAACUGAGGAACUGUUCAAAUUAGUCAUUUCUGUAACCCUUUACUUUUCUCAAUAAAAUAAAGUAAAAUCAAA